GCGGCUUCCUUCUUGGUUCUAGUUAUCAGUUGAAUCCAGCUCAACGUACAGCACACACUCGCGUCUGCAAGAAACAAAAUCCCAAAAAUCCAAACAAUGGCAUUCUUCAAAUCCCUCAUCUGCCUGGCCGUCCUGAGCGCCGCCUCCGCCGGAGUCCUCCACGGACAUGGUGCUGGUCUCUACGCCGCCGCCCCGGCCAUCUAUGCCGGCCAUGGUCACCACGACGAGGGAAUCGAUUACCAUGCCUACCCCAAGUACCACUACAACUACGGAGUGGCUGACUCCCACACCGGAGACGUGAAGUCGCAGCACGAGGUGCGCGAUGGCGAUGUCGUCAAGGGAUCCUACUCCCUGGUGGAGCCCGAUGGUUCGGUGCGCACCGUGGAGUACACCGCCGAUGACCACAACGGCUUCAACGCCGUCGUCCACAAGACCGGCCCCACUGUGCACCACGCCGCUCCCGCUGUGGUUGCCCACGCCGCUCCCGCCGUGGUCCAUGCUGCUCCAGCCUAUGCCCCAGCCAUUGCCCACCAUGUGGCCGCCGCUCCCGCCGUGCCCUACGCCGGAUCCCUGGCGCAUCAGGUGCCCGCCUACGGAUACGCCACCCACAACGCCCACGCGCAUGUGGCCCACUACUAAGGAAGUGGAGCAGCCCGCUGGAUGCACCACCUGAAGCACCACCUGCACCGCUAACACCACUCUUCUGUAAUUUAUUAAGCACGUUGACGACCUCACAAAACGGAUGACCGAUCCACUGACGAAGCCUGCUAAAAUACUCAGUACCACAGUCAUGUCCAUCAUGUCCUGCCGGGGAUUCCCCGGACUUUCCCGGCAGCCUCUGUCUCCCUCACACACACACAUUGCCGUCUCUGUCUCAGCUUUCGCGCAAUUCUCUCUUUUGUUUGUUAACCAACCUUCUCUUUAAUUGUAAAUAAUGAAAACAUCGAGUGAGGAACAAACGCCCAUCCUGCCACACGCCCACGAAGAAGAACCAACCUGAAAAGAUGAAGAAAAACGAACAAAAUGUAAAAAAAAUUAAUAAAAAAACACAUGUAUUAUAAUAACUUUGUGUAUACUAUAAGUUUGAAGCUGAAACGGCUGACAAUGCUAUAAAUACAAAAUGUAGAGAAUUAUAAAAAUUCAAA